AUGAAUAUUCCAACGAAUUGGCGUGAUAGGCGCACUAUCAUGGGCCCUCUACACAAUCCCUACGUCAGUUACUCUACAGACGCUAAAAGCAGCAUGAAGAAAGUUUUCGCUGAGGAGAUGUUUUUACAUAAUUUUCAUUUGAGUCCGGAUACCCUGCGCAAGAAUUUGGCGGAUACAAUCAUUACUCAAGAAAAAAUGGCGCCUAAAAAUGGAAAAAUGAAGUUGGAGAAAGAGACGAGCGAUAAAGAGACUGUAGUCAUUCACGAGGAUGUUUCGCCGUUAUCAGGGAUUACGAAUUUCCUUUCUGGUGUUAUGAAUGUAAUUUCUAAUGUGAUGUUUACCAAACGUAAACCAGCUGAGUUUAGUUCCAACUCGGAUUCACAGACAGCGCCACCGUCGAUGUGGCACAACGCCAACCUUUCAGAUGAAAAUAAAAAUCCACAGAGUGAAAAUUUUACUGAUGAUUUGUCUAGUGAGUUUUUUGCUUCGGAGAUGAGCGACUGCAGGACAGCUGCGGCGCAUUGUCAGAGCAAACUCGAUCAGGUUCGCUUGUUACUCGGCACCAACAAACCCACACAAUGUUCUUUGAGAGUACGAAAAAGACCAAAAAAGGUGUUUGUCGAACCAUCUUGUGUUGAGGACUGCUUCGAAGAUGCAUUUUCACCAGAGGACUUUGAAAAUCUUGCAAACGAGUCCUAUAUUGAGUUUUACAGUCCCAUUUGCUACCAUGACCAUUCAUUUCAUGAUAUUGAGAGCCCUAAAACUAAAGUUGAUGUAGCGGUGAUUCCUAAAGAGGACCCUAAAUCAUCUUAUUUGGUAUCCGACCCCUUAGAAGAAUCAGUAACAUCAAGAAUGGUUUCCCAUACUCAUUCCAUCGAGGAUGAUGUCUCAAAUGUUAAUAGGGACGUUGCGGAAUUGAAUUCUGAAAUUACUGGAGUUAAUAAAGAACUUCCUAAAGUAGUGCCUGAAGACCAUCUAGUCCAUAAAGUUACGGAACCUGAAAAAUAUGUACCUGAAUUAAAUAAGAAUAAGUUAGACCUGGAAACUAAAAAAGAAGUUGUAGAGGCUUGUGAGGAUAAAAUUACAAAACUAAAGUUAUUGCUGCAAAGUAGAAGUAAGAAGCCUAAGGUUGAGGGUCCUGCAGAGGAAACUGCAACCGUAACAAACUCUCCAGUCUCCUUUACCCUAGAAUCUAAACCGUUAGUUACACUACCCCCAAGACCAAAGCCGUCCUAUAAAGUUAAAGAUAAACGGUUUAAAAACCCAAACCGCUGUACUGAUAAGCGUCAAAUGUCGAAAAUGAAGAAGAGUAUUGAGGAUGACCUGGUGUUCGCCAAUGAAAUUAAUUCUGAAGACUUAUUCGGCAGUGUGGAUAUUUCACCAUCAACAAAUUAUCUAGAGAAUCAUAUGAAAUCUGUAUCAGAACCUAUUCAAGACUCAACGGUUCCAGAAGUAAAUAAAAAUCAAUCAAAACCGGUGCCAACGAAAGAAUAUUUUGACGAAGUAUCUGGCUGUUUCCGUCCCUCAUCUGUGGAAAGCGAUGAUUCCUUCCAAAUUGUUUUUCACGACAGUCCUAGAAGCCGUCAAGAAUCCGAUUGUGAGUCUGAUGAUUUCGACAUUGUUUUUGAAGAAUCUCCUGAUUGCUACACUUCCAAUGAUGUGUUUAGAGAUUCCGAUGAUUCAUCGGACUCUGAGGAGGAUGACAGUGAUUCCGAUGUCAGUGAUUCAGAAUGCAACACCUUCAAGUUGUCAGCUUCAUUGUCUAAAAGUGUUUGUAACUUAGCCGAUGACAGUCUUUAUGAGGACCAAAGUGAGGAUGAAGUGGAUUGUGCCCACAUUCAGAAUUUAUCAAUCUGUGAUAGUGUAGCCGACAGUGAAAUUGAUGAUACUGGUGACUAUUCUAAAGGUGUACUGGUAGAUGAGAGGAAGAAAAUGCUGAAAAAGAAAUUACCUGCUAAAAGGGUGCGCUUCUCUCCGAACCCCCCAAAAGUCCACGUGAUGCGUGUUUGGCUCUUCGCAGCCAAACAGACCCGCGUCCGUUAUUGGCAGCAGUUCGCCGUCGACCGGGAGAGGUUUAAGCGAAGGAUCGCUGACAUUGACAUGGCCGUCUCGUGGGUUUUAAAACCUCAACAUCGCUCAAGAAUCAUGUUCCAACGGUUCAUGCCGUGGUGGAAUGCUCAAAAAAGAAAAGAAAUUGCAGAGAAAAAAGAAAAAGAAGCUCAAGAAAAGUUAAAGGAAGACGAGAGAUUGAAAAAUGAGGAGAUUGAAGGAAAAAAUUCUGAACUACUUCAAGAGAGUAAAGAAGCAGAUAAAAAUGUAAGCGGCGAAAAUACAGAUUCAUGUAUUUCUUUAUCACAAGAAGAAGCGACAUAUUCAGAAGAUGGAGAAUUAGGGAAUAGUAAUGUAACUCCUAUCAGCACAGUAGAAGCAGAUGCAAAUAUUACUUUAGUUAAAGAUAGAGUAAUUGAAGAUAAGGGAAGUAAGAAAGAAAAUAUUAUUAGUGAUAAUAUCGAAUCAAAAGAUAAUAAAAAUGUGUCUUUUGAAAACACAAAGCAAAGUAAUAAAAGUCUCAAUGAGAAAUUACCCCUGAAUGAUAAUAAGUUAGCCUCAAAUUCGGAUUUCGUAAAUUUGCACCUAGAGUGUGCAAAUUUGAAUACAUGA